CAGCUGCCGCCCCGAGUCCCGUGCUUGGAAACAUUCCCCCGAACGACGGGAUGCCUGGGGGCCCCAUCCCGCCCGGUUUCUUCCAGGGACCGCCUGGGUCACAGCCCUCGCCACACGCACAGCCUCCACCCCACAACCCUAACAGCAUGAUGGGACCCCACAGUCAGCCCUUCAUGUCGCCGCGCUACGCCGGAGGUCCCCGGCCUCCCAUCAGGAUGGGCAACCAGCCCCCGGGUGCCGUUCCCGGUACGCAGCCGUUACUGCCCAAUUCGAUGGAUCCCACGCGACAGCAAGGGCACCCUAACAUGGGCGGCCCCAUGCAAAGGAUGAAUCCUCCGCGAGGGAUGGGCCCCAUGGGUCCCGGUCCGCAG